AUGGAGUUGCUUGCCCCAUUAUGGUUUGCCGUUUCCUCGAUAGCAUGGCUGCUAUCGUUCCUACACUUUUUGUUUCUUCAGCCAGCCAUCACAUCUAUUGCAGUACUGAGUCAUGGUCUUAUGAUGCCUGUGAAGACGACCAUGCGAAUUUUUGGUUUCACGCCGGUGUCUUUCGAUGGAGAUAGCUGGGACCUCAUUAAAGCACUCUAUCUUUUUAUCAACGUUUCAAUCAUUUUUGGGAUUGUCCUCGGUCUUUUUGCUGGGCUUUUGAUGGUGGCUACCCGGUUAGUAUUGAACUUCAAAAAUAUCCCGUUGAUACCGGUGCGCAAAACCGUCUAUGCGAUUUUGGAUGCUGUUGGAGUGAUCAGUAUUGUGAAAGUCGUGGUUAGAUGGUUCCACGAUGAAGAGAAGAAAGUUGAGCAUGGAGUACAGAAAUUUGGGCUAGAAAGCUUUAUUAUUGAACGGAGGUCCCAGAUAUCUGUGCCAGGGCCGAUGCCUGCCAAAUCUUCCACUAAAAUGAUGGAUAACGAGGACGUGAUAUACGAAGAUGAUGAUGGAUACAGCUACAGAUACGACGACACGGUGUUGUCUGUUCCUGAAACUCUGUUCACAAAAAUUUCAGAGGACACCCAGGCCACCAGCGAUGACAUGGACGAGAAAUCUAGUCUUGGUGGGAUUCCUGAGGAGGAUGAAGACGAGAGCUGA